AUGCGUAAAGAUUGGAUUCGUACUGAAGAAGAAAAACAAUCACGGCAAUUAAUUAAAUUUGGAAAAAAACACAAGAAAGCAUCUAAUCCAUCAAAUGAUCAACUAUCUCUUGUUACUCAUUCAACAAUUCGAGGAAGGAAAAAACGUUUGAUGAGUAAAUCAAAAAGACAAAAACUUAUUGCCAAUCCAAUUUAUGAAAUUAAUUGUUUUGGUCUUAAUCAUGUUCUUGAUGAUGAUGAUCGAACUUUAUUAAAUAAUAUAAAUGAUGCCUAUCAAUUGAUAGUAGCUAAUAUUGAUUAUUCUUAUAUUCAUAAAUAUACAUCAUCGACAUCUCUUUCACAGUUUAUUAACAAUGAAAGUAUUAUCCAUGAAUCAUUGAUUAAUUUUUUUAAAUGUAUAACUGAAUUUAAACAAUUAGAUAUCAAUGAUCAAAUUAUAUUGAUCAAAUCUAAUUUCAUAAAUAUUAUACAUUUACAUUAUAUGUUAAUAAUGGAUUUUCAAGAGUCUUCGAUCAUUAGUAAAAAUAUGUCGAAAUGGAUAAGUGAAGAUUUUCAUUAUCAAAUGAUUCGAACACAUCGAUAUUUAUUUCGUUUUAUGAAUUAUCCACUAUUAUUAAAACUUACAUUAAUUGUUUUUAUUUUUAAUGUUGAUUUAUCUGCAUCAUCAGAUCCAAAUCAAUUUUAUGAAUAUAAUAAUCAAAGAAUAUUAUUUGAAUGUCAAAAUUAUUAUACAAAUAUCUUAUGGCGUUAUUUAAAUUAUUUAUUUGAUGAAAAAGAAGCCAUAGAAUCAAUGCAAAUCAUAGUUAUGCAAAUUUUACGUUAUCAAUUAUUAAUGGUUACAAUGAAAAACUCUAUACGACAAAGUCCAGAUUGUGAUCUAUUUCAUCCAUUAAUGAAAUCUAUAUAUGCAAUUCCUUAA